AUGGAUCUACAAGCAGAUGAUUUAAUUGUAAAUGACGAAACAAAUGAAAAUGAUGAUGAAGAAGAAGAAGAUGAUCCAUUUUCAAUGGCUGUUAAAGAAUUAUCAGAAACAAAUCGUCAAGCAGAUGAAAUUGCACGUCAACGUUCAGUAGAUUUACCACCUCCAACUACACCUAUACCUCCAAAACCACAGUCAUUUCCUAAUUUAAUUAUACGUCCACCAACACCUAUUACAAUAACACGACCAAUUAUAUUACAUGGUCUUCAUGCACCAGUGCAAAGUCCACCUAUUAUUCGACUACAACGACCAAUUACAAUUCCAUCGGGUCUUUAUACAGUACCUUCGACACUUUCUCAAUUAACACAACAACAACCAUCUUCAUCAACGACUCUUGUUCAUCAAUUUAUUCCAGCAUUAAGACCAACACUUCCACCUCCAACAGAAUUCCCAACAAAAAUUCCAGCAGAUCUUGAAACAGAAGAAGAUGAAGAAGAAGAACAACAAAGUGCACAAGCAGCAGAUACAUAUUCUGAUUAUAUGCCACUUAAACUUCGUUUGGGUGAUCGACAUCCUGAUCCAGUUGUUGAAACAUCUUCACUUGCUUCUGUUGAAUUACCUGAUAUAACUUAUCAAUUAACAAUACCAAAUGAGAACAUUCAAUUAAAUGCAUUAUCAGCUUUACAACUUGAAACAAUUGUUUAUGCUUCACAACGUCAUAAUACAUUUUUAUCGGAUGGAACGAGAUCUGGUUUUCUUAUUGGUAGCGAUGGAGCUGGCGUUGGUAAAGGUCGAACAAUUGCUGGUCUUAUUUAUGAAAAUUAUUUACUUGGACGACGAAAAUCUUUAUGGUUGAGUGUUUCAAAUGAUCUUAAAUAUGAUGCACAACGUGAUUUAUGUGAUAUUGGUGCUAAAUUUAUUGAUGUUCAUCCAUUGAAUAAGUUAAAAUAUGCUAAAAUAUCUUCACCACAAAAUGGUGGAAUAAAACGUGGUGUCAUCUUUGCAACAUAUUCAUCAUUAAUAAGUGAAAGUCAAAAUGCAUUAACUAAAGCUAAAUAUAAUAGUCGAAUGAAACAACUUGUUCAAUGGUUAGGUGGUGAUGAAUUUGAUGGUGUUAUUGUGUUUGAUGAAUGUCAUAAAGCAAAAAAUCUUGCACCAAGUCCAACAGCGAAAUCUUCUAAAACAGGUUUAGCUGUUCUUGAUCUUCAAGCACGUUUACCAAAUGCACGAAUUAUUUAUGCAUCAGCAACAGGUGCUUCUGAACCACGAAAUAUGGCUUAUAUGACUAGACUUGGUCUAUGGGGUCCAGGUACUUCAUUUACUGAUUUUAAUCAUUUUAUUCAAGCUAUUGAACAACGUGGUGUUGGUGCUAUGGAACUUGUUGCUAUGGAUAUGAAACUUCGUGGAAUGUAUAUUGCACGUCAAUUAAGUUUUUCUGGUGUACAUUUUUCUAUUCUUGAUGUUUCAUUAACAAAUGACUAUCUUCAAACAUAUGAUCGAUCUGUUCAAUUAUGGAUUGAUAUCAAAGAAAAAAUUCUACAAGCAUUUGAUUUAGCUGAUACAUCAAAUAAUGUUCGUAAUCAUGUCAUAGCACGUUAUUGGUUAAGUCAUCAACGAUAUUUUAAAUAUUUAUGUAUUGCUUGUAAAGUAUCAAAAGUUGUUGAUCUAUCUCGUCAAGCUGUUCGAGAUGGCAAAUGUGUUGUAAUUGGUUUACAAUCAACAGGUGAAGCUAAAACAUUAGAACAAUUGGAUGAAUUAGGAGAAUUAAAUGAUUUUGUAUCGACUGCAAAAGGAGUGAUUCAAAGUUUUGUUGAAAAACAUUUUCCAACUGGUAUUGAACAACCUAAAACAAUGUCAAUAAUUGAUUUAAUGCCAAAGAAUGAUGAAGAUAAAAAUCGACAAAAUAAAAAACGUAAAUCAACUCAUCGUCGUACAACAACACGAUCAAUAUCAUGUGAUACAAAUGAAAGUUCGGAUGAUUCCGAUGUUGAAUGUUAUUCAUCAUUUGUUCCAACAAGUAAACGUCGUGCAACAACAAAACAUCGAGAUCAAAACAAUAAUAAUCAACUCGAUGAAAUACAUAAUAGUGAUAAUGAAAAUAGUUGUGAAAGUGUAUUAAUUGAAGAAGACUAUUCACAACAACAACAUACAUUCGCAGAAAUUCUCGGACAAACAGAUAUUGAUGGUGGUUUACCAGUUAAACGAAUUCAGAAAAAAGAAGUUCCAUCAAAUGUACAGAAUUAUGAUAAACGUAAAAUGUCAACUAGUGAAAUUAUUGAAGUUUUAUUUAAUAUGAAAACAGAUCUGUUAACUAAUAUUGAAUUACUUGGUAGAAGUUUACCACCAAACACAUUAGACGAAUUAAUCAAUCAACUUGGUGGACCAGCUCAAGUUGCUGAAAUGACUGGUCGUAAAGGUCGAGUUGUUCAGCAUGCCGAUGGGCAAAUUGGUUAUGAAUCACGUUCAGAAUCUGAUGUUCCACUUGAAAUGUUAAAUAUUUCUGAACGUGAAAGAUUUAUGUGUGGAGAAAAACUUGUUGCUAUCAUAUCCGAAGCAGCUAGUAGUGGAAUAUCCCUACAAGCUGAUCGACGAUGUCAAAAUACUCGUCGUCGUGUUCAUGUGACACUUGAAUUACCAUGGUCAGCUGAUCGAGCUGUACAACAAUUUGGACGAACACAUCGAUCAAAUCAAGUUUCAGCACCUGAAUAUGUUUUUGUUAUAUCUGAAUUAGCUGGAGAAAAACGUUUUGCUUCAACUGUAGCAAAACGAUUAGAAUGUUUAGGUGCUUUAACACAUGGUGAUCGACGUGCAGCUGAAACACGUGAUUUAAGUCGAUUUAAUAUUGAUAAUAAAUAUGGCAGACAAGCACUUGAAAAUGUUAUUCGUUCAAUAUGUAAUUUAGAACGUCCAUGGGCACCAUUUCCAAAAUUAAUCAAUAAUGAAAUGAAAUUUGAUUUUGUAACUGAAGCACGUAAAGCAUUAAUUAAUGUUGGUCUUAUAUCACGUAUAACAAGUGGACAACAAGUUAUUUAUAUUGCAGAAAAAGAUCAUAACAGUAUGAGUCGAUUUCUUAAUCGUAUACUUGGAAUUCGUGUUCAAAUGCAAAAUUUAUUAUUUCGAUUUUUUUCUGAUGUACUCAAUGCUGUUAUUGUUGAUGCACGAAGAAGUGGUUCAUGGGAUUUAGGAAUUCUUGAUCUUGGUACAGGCGAAGAAACAGUUUCUGUUGAAAAAACACAAGUAUUUCUCUUAAAAACAGUACAAACAAAUACUACAUCUCUUCAAGUUGAAUUACAUCAAAUUGUCGUAGAACGUGGUCUUGCAUUUAGUAAAGCGGUUCAAUUAAAAGAACAAUCUGUUCAUUUUGAUGAUGGAUUUUAUGUGUCAAAUGAAGGUCGUACUUUGUGUCGUUUACCAGUACUUGCUUUAUCGACAACAUCAAAUGUUAAUGUUGGAAAUAUGAGAAAAAGUGAACUAUUAUUUCGUAUAUAUCGUCCAAAUACAGGUUUACAACAACGACAUGAAACAUUAGAAAGUUUAAGAAAAAAAUAUGAUAAAAUUUCUCCAAUACAAGUACAAGCUUAUUGGGAAGAUUUGUAUCAUAAAGCUGCAUCAUUAUGUAUUCAUUCUAUUAGACAAGGUCAUUGUCCAAUCUCAUCAUCAAAUCGUCAACAAACAUGUGAAGUUGGUUUACGUUCACGUCGAUUUUUUGUUCUUUCUGGUAGUGUACUUGCAUUAUGGUCACAGAUGGAACGUAUAUUACCUGAAGGAAAAAUUCAAAUGAUACGAAUAAAAACAACACCAAUAAAUAAUCAAUUAAUUCCUCUUAAAAUAGUUGGAUGUAUUAUUCCAAAACGAUGUUUACCUGAUUUGGUACAUUUGCUUGAAAAGUCAUCAGUAAAUAACUUUUCUAAAUCAGCCUAG